AAUUCUCUUUCUCCACUCUAAACGAUUUUGGGUUAAAUCCUCGGAUGUUAACCUAUAAUACCUACAUAUUACAUCUCAUAGCAACCUGUUAACCAAAAUUUCCAAUUUAAUUGUGCGAUAUGUGAGUUGCAGCUAAUAUUUUUACAUUUAUUACGGAACUUCACUUUUGUUCUUAUUCUGGGACAUGCAUGUUGUUCUUCCAUUGUGGUGGCUGUAAACCCAUCUAGUAUGGGUCAUUCAACAAAAGAUAAUGGGCAAGGAUGGCAAGCAUAAAUAAUAGGGGAAAGGAAUUCUAUUAUUCUUCUCAAAUGUAUUGGCAUUCGAACUGAUUUGAUGUGUUUAUCUGGCAGGCCAGAAUCAUUUGAUCCAAGAGGCCUUUUGUGUGAUCCACACGAGCCUGGAGGACUGUUUCCAAUUAGAAAGUCACAAGAUGCUGCUGUUGGUGAGCUUGUACGUAUGCUAAAGAAAGCACCACCUCUACGCCAAGACUUCUCCACUUCAGUUUGUUUGUCGCAAGACAAAAUGUCUAGCAGCAGCCUCCAAGAGCAGCAGGCUUCUGCAAGCAUUGCAUCUUCAGGGCUUGUUGCAUCAAAGACAACAGCUGAUGCAUUGGAAGAACUUCGGGGUUACAAAGAGAUGAAGAAAGACUUGUUGCUUAGUCAAGCUGGUAGGUCCAACACAUCAGCAAAUGAUACUUGUAUGCAAAAAUCUACAACUGGUUGAACUCGUGUUGAUACUUGCACAUAUGUAUAGCUAAUGGUUUAAGAGGUGAUUUCAUACUAUACGAAUGUUUUAUUAGCGCCCAUUUCCUCUGUAUAUAUGAGGCGAUGUGAAAUGAUGAGUGAGUUUCAUACAUUAUCGAAAGGUUUACAGCUAACUUUAAAUUGCCGCAACUUUUGUAGGUAAAUUCUGUGCUGUGUUUAUGACUGCUUAAAAAUAGUGAGAUCUUGGCUUCUGUGUCA